AUGGCUGGUGAGGUAGAUACACCGAGAUGGGAGAUAGGUGGUCACUCCCCGAUAAUUGAGCAAGUAACAUGGAAAUACAAGCUUAAACUGAUAUAUGGAGGGUUUUUUCGGUUUGCUAGGAACUCAUGUAGGCAAGUGUAUUGUUUCGGUUUUAGAAAAACUCUCUAUGUAGACAUUUGCUCAUACAACUUGAAUCAACUGGUUGAAGAGGUGGAAAAACAUUAUCCAUCACAAAACGAUAUUGUGUUGUCAAUAGUCUUUAUUGACAAGAAUUCAAAAGAGCAACGUUUUAUUAAACUUGAUUCUGAUGAAAACUUCAUGUGGAUGCUUAACAUGUAUGAGGAGGAGAAAGAAGGAAUAAUUUAUGCGACGACUGAAAAAAUUACACAACAAAUGUAUAAAUCGUUUAGUGGCCAAGAUCAAGUUAUUGAUGAAUCAGAUGAUGAAAAUGAUUCGGACUCAAAUUGUCCAAGUGAAGAAAGCUAUCAUAGUCGUCAUAGUUCUGAUAAUGAGUAUGAGCUUCUAAAUUCUGAUUUUAAAACUUAUUCAUAUAGCAAUAAAAAUGCGGUUAUGAAAGUGAAUUCUAAAUUUCCAAAUGUGAUUGCUUUUAGAAGAGCGUUAAACCACUAUGCAAUAACAAAUGAAUUUCAGUAUGUUAUUGAGAAAAGCGAUUUGACACGACUUACAGCAUGUUGUGAAGAUAAAAAGUGUGAGUGGAGAAUCCAUGCUUCUCUUACGCAGGAUGAGGAGCUUGAACAAAGAAAUCGUGGAAGUGUUGUGGAGAUUGAUUUGCAAACAGAGGGUAACAAGAAACAUUUCCUACGCUUUUUUAUAUCACUAACAGCAUGCUCUAAGGGGUUUCUUUCUGGUUGUCGUCCUUACAUUGGGAUUGAUGCUUGUCAUUUGAAGGGGAAAUUUAAUGGUGUGCUAGCCGCUGCCACAAGUAUCGACGGUAACCAUGGCAUGUUUCCAGUAGCCUAUGGUGUGCUUGAGUCUGAGAAUAUAAAUUCAUGGACUUGGUUUCUCAAGUCACUAGAAAAAGCAAUCGGUACACCAGACGGUCUUGUUAUCUCCUCUGACAUGCAAAAAGGGUUGGAAGUAGCUAUUACACAGGUUUAUCCUAAUGUUGAGCAUCGCGAAUGCAUAAGACAUUUAUAUAGCAACUUCAAGAAACAUUAUCGAGGUGAUUAUUUCAUGACCAAGCUAUGGGGUGCUGCAAAGACCUACUCUGUUAGUAAGCAUGAUAGAUUGUUAAACGAAAUUGCAAGUGUACGUGAAGAUGCAAUUUUAUAUUUAAAUGAGAACCAUAAGAAGAUAUGGAGUAGAAGCAAGUUUGGUACAAUUGUCAAGUGUGACUAUAUUACCAACAAUAUUUCAGAAACUUUUAACUCCUGGAACUUAGGUAACUUUGAAGUUUGUAGAAGUAGUGACAAUCGAGCACAGGUGAACUACAAGGGCAAACGUUGGGAGGUUAUACUAGAUGAGAAAAAAUGUAGUUGUCGAGUUUGGCAAGUUAAAGGCCUACCGUGUGUGCAUGCAGCUGCGUUUAUUGCUUUUACGAGGGAUCCUGAUUGGGACAAAUAUGUUGAUACAUAUUUCACAGUUGAUAAAUUUAAAGAAGCAUAUGCUUUAGAAAUCGCUCCAAUGCCGGGAAAGGAUCAAUGGGUGCAUAUAAAGACAAUCGAGAAGAUAUACCCACCUAUUAUAAAACGGCCUCCUGGACGACCUAAAAAGAAUAGAAUUGUACCACGUGAUGAACCCAAGAAAAGACAUAGAUGCCCCCGUUGUGGUAUGUUUGGACACCAUCAAAAGACUUGCAAAAAUCCCGAACGUCAAGGUUCUGAUGAUGCAUCCACUAGCAAGAAUAAAGAACAAAAAAGAUCAUGA